AUGCUGCGCUGGUCGCUGCGUGCGCUGAAUCGCCCGAAGGGGCCGCAGGGGCUGCGGCCGGGCAGGGAGUACCGCCUCACAGUGCCGUACCGCAGCGAGGUGACGAUGCUGCGCUGCGCCAACCACCGCGCCUUCAACGCCAACAUCCGCGAGUUGUUUAAGAAGCCGCUGGUGCAGAACAACAUCAAGGCCAUCCCCCGCGACUUGGGCGAGAUUCCGCGCAACUACGUCCUGAAGCUGCUCUUCUUCCACCAGCCCAUCCGGCUUGUGGAUUUGUGGUCGGUGUGCAAGGAGCACGACGACGUCCCCCUGGACUCCGCGAAGCACCUUCGCCUGGUGCUGAAGAUCGCAAAGCUGCAGCGGUGGGUGUAUGCGGAGAAGAACCAGACGAACAACCUCUUCUACUACUACAUUCAUCAGAGCCGCGUGCGGGAGGUGCAGGAGAUGGUGCGGGCCGACGAAGUACGCAAGAAGGAGGAGGAGUCUCUACAGGCGGUGGAGGCGGAAAACCUGCGGCGCGAGGAAAAUGAGCGGCGACGGACGGCAUUAGACGAAAAAAUUUUGGUGCUGCAGAAUCUUCUCGUCUCCAACGUGGCGCAGAUUCAGCAGUUUGACCCCGCCUUCGUGCAGGCAAAGCCAUACGUGACGGAGGCUGGCGCGGUGAACGUGGCGUGGGGGUGGCACGGCAGCGAGGACAACAGUAGCAGCGGCGUGAAGGGCGUGUAG